GACGUCAUAUCACCGGGACUCAAGAUGGCGGCGGAGAAGUUGAGGUUCCACGAGAUGGGACUUGAUGAGAGAGUUUUACAGGCAAUUGCAAGCCUCAGUUGGGCUGAACCAACUUUGAUCCAGGAAAAAGCCAUUCCUUUGGCACUGGAGGGAAAGGAUCUCCUUGCCAGAGCACGUACAGGAUCAGGAAAAACUGCAGCAUAUGCUAUCCCCAUCAUAGAGCAUCUUCUUAACACCAAAAAGUCAGUCUGCGAGCAAGCAGUGCGAGCUCUCAUAUUGGUUCCCACAAAGGAACUAGGUCAACAAGUGCUGCAGAUGAUCCGACAACUCACAUUGUGUUGUGCUCGGGAUGUUCGAGUGGCUGAUGUUUCGGGACAGGUGGAUGUAUCAGCACAAAGGCCUAUAUUAAUGGAGAAGCCUGACAUUGUUAUUGGUACGCCUUCUCGAAUUCUGCUACAUUUGGAACAGCACACCCUGAACCUCAGCACCACACUGGAGAUGCUUGUCAUUGAUGAGGCUGAUCUACUCUUCUCAUUUGGAUUUGAAAAUGAUCUGAAAAACCUGCUGGGGCACCUUCCAAAGAUUUACCAAGCAUUCUUGAUGUCAGCCACAUUUAAUGAGGAUGUUCAGACAUUGAAGGAACUGGUGCUUCAUAACCCGAUGAUUCUGAAGCUCAAGGAGUCUCAGCUUCCGGAUAGCUCACAGCUGAUCCAGUACCACAUUAAAUGCGAGGAGGAGGAGAAAUUCCUUCUGAUUUACACAUUUCUCAAACUCUCCCUUGUCCGUGGCAAGACCAUAAUCUUUGUGAAUUCCAUUGAUAGAUGCUACCGGCUGAAACUAUUCUUGGAACAAUUCAGCAUAUUGGCAUGCGUCCUAAACUCAGAAUUACCGGUACACUCCAGGUGUCAUAUCAUCAAUCAGUUCAAUCGGAGUUUGUAUGAUUAUAUCAUUGCCACAGAUGAACAUAUUUUGACAAAUUUAAGUGGCUCAGAGGAACAAAAGACAAAAAAGAAACAGUGUAAAAAAGCAAGAGCCAAGGAUCGUGAAUAUGGGGUCUCCAGAGGAGUGGAUUUUUAUAAUGUUUCGAAUGUUAUUAACUUUGACUUCCCACUCUCAGUGGAGUCCUAUAUACAUCGUGUUGGCAGGACUGCCCGUGCGAAUAACCAGGGGACGGCAUUGACGUUUGUAUCUCACACAGAAUUGCCACUACUACAGAAUGUGGAGGAUGCACUUGCUGGAGAGAAUUUGGACUGUGUUUUGAAACCAUAUCAGUUUCGCAUUGAGGAGAUUGAGGGCUUCCGCUAUCGGUGUAAGGAUGCAAUGCGUUCAGUUACAAAACAAUCAAUCAAAGAGGCUCGCAUCAAGGAAAUCAAACAGGAACUGCUCAACUCUGAGAAACUGAAGACCUAUUUCGAGGACAAUCCUCGAGACUUUGAUUUGUUGCGACAUGAUAAACCUCUGCAUCCUGCUAUUGUGAAGCCACAUUUGAAGAAUGUACCGGAUUACUUAAUUCCCCAACCCCUCAAAAGAAUCACGAGGCCCCUCAUCAGUAAAAGAAUAAGAUGGCGAAGAAAGAUCACAGGAAAAUCAACUCAGAAAAACAAAAAGCCAAACAUGAAGCGUAACCCACUCAAGCAUUUCACCUCCCAAGGGAAGAAGCAAAAGGCAAAGAGUGCGAGUUAAAGCAGAACUUGCAGAAUCCAUUAAAAGGAUGUGACUUGGCAGAAUGUGAAACUGUUGUCUGUAUGCCUUCAAUUUAGGCCCAGUUGAAUGGACGAAUCGAAAAUGGAGACCAGUGUGUGGAUUUCUAGUUUGAAAACACCAGUAGACAUUGGCUUUGAUUGAAUUGUUUGUCAAUUUAUGUGGAGCUACAACCUUUCCAUGUGUCAUGAAUGCUUAAAAUUUUACUUUUGGCAAGGCAUUUAUAAAAUGAAAAUGUUGUUGCACUUAAUUUUAAGCCUUAUUCAGUUUCUUCGAAAUGUUGCCCUGUGAAGGUGCAAUUGGCUAUCAAUACCAAUUGCAAGAAUCUCUCUCCUGUUCUCUGCAGUGCCACCAAACCCACCACUGUGCGCACACAUCAUGACAUAUGGCAUUAGUGCACAAUAUAAUUGGGUGUGUUCUACACUGCAAAGCAGAAGCAGUUCCUCUCUUGAUGCCAAAAGAGACCACAACACUCAUUCGUGGUUUUCACAUAUAGACGUACAAACAUGUCAAUAUGAUGGCACAAGUGUAUAAUAAAACCAAAGCAAAGCUUUGGCUGAUUUACGGAAAGAGACCCAACAAGUGCGGAUCUUGACAAAAAGGUGUAAUUUUGUGACUGGAUUUGUCUCCUUGCUUGAUGAUUAUCGCAGGCUGACCUAUCUUUCAUCAUCCUGCUCUCCUCAUUGACAAGUAUUUAUAUUAUGUUGGAUGAUUUCUUGUCUCCUGGUGGAUGGGAACUCAUGGAGUUAUGUUGUUUAGUACAACAUGCAUGAAUGGACAGUCACAGUGCCAAAUAUUCAUAUUUUUGUAAUUUAACACAUUCAAAAUAUUUUGGUUUCUUUAUCUGUUCUGGAUCUUCCGACUCAGAAUAUGUUUUGCGAUUUACAGAUGUUCUUCACAUUUCAAACAAAUGAGGUUUUCUAACAUUUUGUAAUUUUACCUUCAAAAAGACUCAAUAGUAUGUGAGAUUCUUUUUGUAAAGAUGUUUGAAAUUUCAAACACAGGAUUGUGUGUAAGGUAGUUUUUAAACAUGUGAAGAGAUAAAGUGUAAGUUUAAAGUAAUGUGAAAUUGUAAUCAGUAUCAAAGAAGUGGUUUUUCCCCUUUCAUGACAAAAGGAAUGAUCUUCAGUGAGGUCAGAUGAGACUAUCUCCAUUUAAAAUUCACAGUUCCCUUUUUAUUUUAUGAAUGACCUUUAACAUAAAUUGAGUUGUAAAUUGUGAGUAAGUAUUGCUCUGUCAUGUUUUACAUAAGCCAUGGCUGGUUGUGUUCCUUUGUGAAAUGAUUAGUUUUUUAAUGUGGAGCCAUGUCCAUCUCCGUUGAUAAAAGAUUGUACUACCAGAGACACAAUGUU